CCCGUCAACAUUUGCAUUGUGAAUGCAGCGGUGUUGAAGUUUGGUGAAUGCACGGAUCUCUCGUACAACGACUACAAAAUAAAUACGAACAUUAACGUCUUAGGGCAUAUCUAUACAGUCAAAGCUUUCCUGCCUGACAUGAUCUCGGCGGAUAGAGGGCAAAUUGUAUCGAUGGGUUCUAUUUGCAGCUAUUUUGGUGGACGUUAUGGCACUGCCUAUUGUACUGCGAAAUUUGCCUGCCGCGGCUUCAUGGAGGCUCUCCAAAUGGAACUCAUCGAAAAAGGAUUGUACAAGAAAAUAAUCCUUACGUCUAUUUUUCCAUACUUUGUCAAGACUAAUUUCAUCGAGAAUCUAGAGGAACCUUUCAGCACAUUUUAUGACGUCAUUCCACUGCAGAAGUGCGCCGAUAGCAUUGUGGGAGCAAUAUUGAAAGACAAACAAAUACAUUUUAUUCCGGGAACCCUCGGCUUACUUUGUCUAUAUUUAAAAUGGUGAGU